AUGAGGUGUGGCUGACUACGGGAAGCACUGACAGUUUCACUUCUCCAAACUAUCCUUCAAAUUACGGAAGUGGAGACGAUAAGGAAUGGGUGUUUUGUGCCGUUAAUUCAGCAGACAGGAUAAUGAUCACCUGCAGCGACUUCCAGGUCGGAGGCUUCUUCUUUGGCUGCACGGAUGACACAUUACUUAUCACCAACACCGAGGCAUCCAUCAGUGAAUAUUGCACGACGGACGGACCGCAGCUCGUAAAGACAACUUCACGAGGAACCAAAGUCACCUUCACGACCUCGACGUCAAGUCUUUAUAAGGGCUUCACCUGCACUGCCCAAGCGGUGAGGGAAACAGACUGCAAAAGCGUCACCAAUCGUGCAAGUUACGAGGUGUGGUUAGUGAAUGGUAUCAGUGAGACCUUCACAUCCCCGAACCAUCCAGACAAUUAUGGCAGCGGAGACAGCAAGAGAUGGGUUUUCUGCGCUGUUGACCCCAACGACCACAUCCAGAUAUCGUGCAGCGACUUUGAUGUUGGUGGAUUCUUCUUCGAGUGCACAGACGACACUGUCACCAUUUCCAAUGUUGAUUCCAAAAUGCAAUGUUGUAAACAGUUCCAUCAUCAUUUGUGUAAAAGUCGUCUUACUUUAUAUAGCAACAACAAAUUCUGCUCGACUAACGGGCCGAAAUUCGUGGACACGACUGAACGCGACACCGUGGUCACUUUGUCCACCGGAUCGGCAUUUGGGUCUCCGGGUUUCAGCUGCACUGCCACGGCGCGCAGAACCCUGUGUCAGGACCCUAUCAAUAGAGAUCCAAAUGAGAUAUGGCUGAUAAACGGCCAAGCAGAGUCUUUCACUUCCCCGGGUUAUCCGUCGUCUAACUACGGAAGUGGAGACAGCAAGGAAUGGAGGUUCUGUGCCGUCGACAGCAUUGACAGGAUAGAGGUGUCCUGUGACUCCUUCCAAGUCGGAGCGUCCUUCUUCGGUUGUCUGGAUGACACCCUCACCAUCUCCAACGUCGAUUCGGAAAACGAAUACUGCGGGAUCGCUGGACCCCAGGCCGUGAAGACAAACGAGAGAGGAACCAGCGUCAAGUUAGACGUUUCAACUGGAAGUAUCUACGAUGGAUUCAGCUGCACCGCCAAGGCUGUAAGAGCUGAGAUAUGCAUGGACCCUCUGAAACCAGCUGCAAACGAGGUGUGGUUACUGACCGGUAUUAGCAGCAUCUUCACUUCUCCAAACUAUCCUUCGAACUACGGGGACGGAGAUAGCAAAAACUGGAUAUUCUGCGCCAUUCAAGAAACCGACAGGAUAUCAAUAAGUUGCAGCGACUUCACAGUUGGAGGAAAGUUCAUUGUUUGUCUUGAUGACACGAUGACCAUCUCCAACGCCGACUCAGGAGUGGGACCAUUCUGUGGGACCGACGGACCUAACUCCGUGGUGACAACUCAGCGAGGAACGACUGUCAGUUUGUCUGUCUCACCUGCAUUCCACUACAAAGGAUUCAGCUGCACCGCCACGGCUGUCAAUCAGUAGCGAACACCUCUGGUUAACACAUUACUAACUUUGGUGGCAACAAAAACUCCAACAUACCAUUUGUGAUUUAUGCCAUGAUGCUGAUUUCUCAAACAUCGUGAAUAUCAGUGGUCAAUCCUCUCAUUAACCAAUAUGACAUACACUAUUAGGAAAAUAGUG